AGGGGGACUCUGCUACAUGGGUGUAACGGCGAGAGAGAGGGAGGGUCUUCUGAUAGAGAUAUCCCUUUUCGUUAAAUCGUUCGGUUCUUGCUUUGUCCAAUUUUUUGUAAAAAACCCAUAACUCGUAGCCUCCUUGUUGUUGAUUUUUUUCAUUUUCUUGUCACGUUCUUGUUUUUCUCUCUGUGCAGAUUGUCAAAUACUGGCGUACACUGCUCAAAAGAAGUUUAAGACCGGAAAUUGAGUUGCGGUAGAGCGGGAUAACGAUAAACUCCAGGAUCAGCGCUUUAAGCGUGGAUAGUAUCAGUUCUGUAAAAUCAGGAAGUCAAGUGAAUUCAUCUCUUUAUUUCGCGUUCCGCGGGUCUGCUGUUAACGUCGUUCAAGCGCUGGAUUAAUGCGCUGAGUCCUGCGGUGAGUCUACUGAACAUGUUGCGGAAACUCAGUACUUGUGCUUCACCCCGAAGCUGGGAGCUCCACUGUAACCCCUUUCCAGAGGAAGAGGAGGGUCAGGAGGAAGAGCCGGCAUGUCCUAUUGGUCUGUAGGCAUCUCCCAGGGCACUGUGGACACACACAGCGACAUGGAGGAACAAGAUGGUCCAGAUCUUGGGAGCGACGACAUGGGAGCCAAGGCCUCACUGGCGGGGGGUCCGGGGGGAGGGACCUUCUCCCCCUCGCCCUCCUCCUCCCUGGGCACCUCCCCCACGCUGGAGAACAUCCAGGCGGCGUAUGAGGACGGGCAGCGGGACGCGGCCCGGGAGCUCCUCCGGCAGGCCUGCUGCGUGGAGUGCACCCUGGGGACGGCCAGGCUGCAGGGGGUGCGUCUGCUGUGCGUGGCCACGCAGCACGGGGACGAGGCGGGCGUGCGCUACCUGCUGAAGGAGGCGCGCGUGGUGGUACCCCAGGACCCCUCGGACCACAACCCCGCCAUCCUGGCGGCCCACUACGGCCACGCCGGGGUGGCCCGGGAGCUGCUGGACUCGGUGCCCGGGCCCUGUCUGCGGGCCGACCUGCUGAACUGGAUGCUGGCCACGGCGUGCCGACGGGGGCAUCUGGACGUGGUGCGGCUGCUGGUGCACGCCUACAACGCCGACGCCCGCGACUGCGGCAUCCACAGCGACGAGUUCGCCGUCAUCACGGGCCUCCCGCUCUACGCCGCUGCACAGGCAGCCAAUGAGGACAUAGCGUGCUUCCUGCUGCAGAGUGGAGCUGGUUUCUCCUCCUACACCCUGAUGGACCAUCCGGCCUUCAGCAAGCAGCUGCUGAGACAGAGGCUGAAGCAGGACACAGACGCACAGGGGGACGAGGUGCUGAGCGUGAGCUGGAGCGGCCUGAAGCUGCCCUGGCUGGAGCUGGACUGGUUCAUGGACCUGUCCUGCCGGCUCACCCACAUGGACCUGUCCUCCAACGCGCUGGGCGCCCUGCCCUCCAUGGUGCCCUGGGGACUGGUCCAGCUGCGGACCCUGGACCUGUCGGACAACCUGCUCCGAGAGCUGCCCGCCACACACUGCUCCCAGGAGGUCAUAUGCACCAGUCUACGAGAGCUGAACCUCUCUCAGAACCAGCUGAGCGCCUUGCCCUCUGGGCUGCUCCACCUGGGCCAGCUCCAGCGGCUCUGCGCGGCCAAGAACCAGCUCACGUCCCUGUUCCACAUCCCCGCCGACACCAACUGGAUCGGCCUGAGGAGCCUUCAGGACCUGGACGUGUCGGAUAACGCUCUGGUGCGCCUGCCCACGGCCGUCCUGCACUGCCUCAAGUCCCUGAGCCUCCUCAACGUGUCCCGCAACCGACUGGACUGCUUCCCUGACCCUUGGGCCUGCCCGCUGAAAAUAUGCAAAGCCUCUUCCAACUCCAUAGAGGGUCUCCCCGACACCAUCUCCAUCUUCUGGAGGUCGAGGCUCCAGGAGGUCGACUUCACCGACAACCAGCUGAAGGGACUGCCGCCCUACAUAUUUGAGCUGGAGGCGUUGGUCUCUCUGCGGCUGGCCGGGAAUCAGAUCUCCACGCUGCCGGCACCCAAUAAAUGGAAGUGCUCCAAGCUCAAGACUCUGGACCUGUCCAGGAACCAGCUGGGGAAAACGGACGAGGUACCUAAAACCAGGAGACGGGGGUUCCUGACCACCUGGAGCAAGAGAGACCCGGACCCAGUGUGUGCCAUCGAGUUCCCCUCCAUCCUCAGGGACUCUCUGGAAGUGCUCUUCCUGAACGACAACCAUCUGGAGUGCGUCCCGGCGUCCCUCUGCGGUCUGGUGAACCUCUCUGAGCUCUACCUCUCCAACAAUCUGCUGAUCCGCGAGCUCCCUGUGGAGCUGGGUCAGCUGUCUAACCUGUGGCAGCUGGACGUGGAGGACCUGAACAUCACCAACGUACCGCAAGAGGUCAGGAAGGAAGGCGCUGCCUCCAUCCUGGCCUACCUGCGCGCUCACCUGCGCAAGGCGGAGCCCUGCAAGCUGCUGAAGAUGCUGCUGGUGGGGCCCCCACGGCAGGGCAAGACGGCCCUGCUGGAGGCCCUGAACGCGGGCCGCACCUCGGCCUUCAGCACCAGCGACUGCAGCAUCUCCACCUCCACCUGGGAGCUGGACAAGCCGGGCGGCUGCAGGAACCCGAAGGAGUCGAUGCUGUUCAAUGUGUGGGACCUGGGGGGCCCUGCCAGCAUGUCCACCGUCAACCAGUGCUUCUUCACGGACAAGGCCCUCUACGUGGUGCUCUGGAACCUGGUGCUGGGGGAGGAGGCUGUGGCCAGCCUGCAGGCCUGGCUGCUCAACAUAGAGGCGCGCGCCCCCAACUCGGCGGUGGUGGUGGUGGGCACCCACCUGGACCUCAUCGACUCCAAGUUCCGCACGGAGCGCGUGGCCACGCUGCGGGCCUACAUCCUGGCCCUCUGCCGCUCGCCCUCUGGGGCCCGCGCCACCGGCUACCCCGACGUCACCUGGAAGCAGCUGCACGAGGUGUCCUGUAAGAGCCUGGAGGGCAUGGAGGGGCUGCGGUUGUUGCUGUACCAGGUGGCCUGCUCCAUGAAGGACCACAGCACCUCCUCCUCCAGGGGCCAAAGGCUGGUGGGCAGACUGAUCCCCCGGAGCUACCUGACCCUGCAGGAGGCGGUGCUGGCCGAGAGCAGGAGGCGGGACUCUGAGGACGAGGUGCAGUACCUCACGGCCGCCCAGCUGGACCAGGUGAUGGAGCAGAACCCUGAGAGCGACAUCAGAGACUACGAGGACCUGCAGUCAGCCAUCAAGUUCCUGAUCGAGACGGGCACGCUGAUGCACUUCCCGGACACCAGCCACGGCCUGUGUACGCUGUACUUCCUGUGCCCGGUGUGGCUGUCCGAGUGCCUGCAGAGGAUAAUCCACCUCAAGUCCUCGCGCUCGGUGGCCAGGAACGGCGUGAUCUGUGCCGAAGACCUCCGGAUGCUGCUUGUUGGAACAGGCUUCACGGAGCAGACUGAGGAGCAGUAUUUCCAGUUCCUUUCCAAGUUUGAGAUCGCUCUGCCUGUGGCUAGCAACAGCUACCUCCUGCCCCACCUGCUGCCCUCCAAGCCGUCCAUGGACAUCCACGGGCUGCGGCAGCAGACCACCAACACCCUGCAGCGGCUCUUCAAGAUGAGCUUCGUGCCCGCCGGCUUCUGGGAGCGCUUCAUCGCCCGCAUGCUCAUCAGCCUGACGGAGAUGGACCUGCUGGUGGUGCAACAGCAGCACCUCAAGUCAUUCGAGACGAAGCAGUGGGGGCUCAAGGCUCCGGGCGGCAGGGCCUCGGUGGUGUACAGCUUCGCCGGCGGACAGCAGAGGAACCGAUGCAGCACCUUCCGCGUGCGACGCAACCAGACCAUCUACUGGAAGGAAGGGCUGCUGGUCACCUUCGGCGGGGGGUACCUCAGUGUGGAGUCGUCUGACGUCAACUGGAAGAGGAAGAAGAGCGGGGGCAUCCAGAUCAUCUGCCAGUCAGACACCAGAGACUUCUCCGCCAUGGCCUUCAUCACGGACCACGUGAACUCCCUCAUCGAGCAGUGGUUCCCCGCUCUGACGGCCAGCGAGAGCGACGGCAGCGUGCUCAUCGAGCAGUACGCCCCCUGUCCGCUCUGCGCCCCCCCGGGCGGGCCGCACCCCUCCCAGCCCCCGGCCCGCGGACCCUCCCCCCGACCGCCCGGGGGGGCCGAGGGGGAGCCGGCCCCCCACUUCUUCAGCAUGGAGGAGUGCGUCCUCGCCGCCAUGGAGGGCGAGCGCAUCGUGUGCCCGCAGCACCCGGAGCGGCCCGUGGCGCUCCAGGAGCUGGUCCCGGAGCUCUUCAUGACCGACUUCCCCUCCAGGCUGUUCCUGGAGAAGGAGGAGCUGGAGUGCCGCGAGGAGGAGCAGAACAUCCUGGGCCAGGGGGGCAGCGGAACCGUGGUCUACAGGGCGUCCUACCGCGGCAAGCCCGUCGCCGUCAAGCGCUUCCACUUCAAGAAGUGCCGGCAGCACACUAUCAGCGUGGACACAGACACAAUGCUCCGCCAUCUGCAGUCGGUGGACGCCUGCCGCAGCUUCUCCGAGUUCCGGCAGGAGGCCAGCAUGCUGCAUUCGCUGCAGCACCCGUGCAUCGUGGCGCUGGUGGGCAUUAGCAUCCACCCGCUGUGCUUCGCCCUGCAGCUGGCCCCGCUGGGCAGCCUCAACACCGUCCUGGAGGAGAGCUGCAAGGACAAAGCAGUCUCUCACGCACGCGUCGGGUCCAGGUACAUGCCUCUGGGUCACAUGCUCACCUUCCGGAUAGCCUAUCAGAUCGCGACAGGUCUGGCCUACCUGCACAGGAAGAACAUCAUCUUCUGCGACCUCAAGUCGGACAACAUCCUGGUCUGGUCCCUGGAGGUGACGGACCCGGUCAACAUCAAGCUGUCUGACUACGGCAUUUCCCGGCAGUCCUUCCAUGAAGGGGCUCUGGGUGUGGAGGGGACCCCAGGCUACCAGGCCCCCGAGAUCCGCCCGGGAAUCGUGUACGAUGAGAAGGUGGACAUGUUCUCCUACGGCAUGGUGCUGUACGAGCUGCUAUCGGGCUGCCGGCCGGCGCUUGGCCAACACCAGCUGCAGAUCGCCAAGAAGCUAUCCAAGGGCAUCCGCCCGGCGCUGGGGAGCCCCACCGAGGUGCAGUUCCACUGCCUCCAGGGCCUGAUGAGCCAGUGCUGGGACACCAAGCCCGAGAAGAGACUCGCUGCCCAGCAGUGUGUGAGGCAGAUGCAGGAUCCCAGCUUCCCCUGCCUGCGGUACCUGCUGAGCUGCGACAGCCAGGCCCAGCUCUUCCUCGCCCACCUGCAGGGACACAGCGUGAUCUUCUGGGAUGGAGACAAGGACGACAGGAACUACAGCGUGGUGAACGUGGAGAAGGGCCAGGUGGAGGUGAAGCGAAUGGCCAACCCCGGCUCUACCCUAAGCUGUCAGAUGAAGAUGGACAACAUGCUGUGGGUCGCCACUCAGGAGCAGGAGGUGUUCAUCUACACCCUGAGGGAGAUGUGUCCUCUGAGCCAGCCCCAGAAGAGCUUCUCCAGCCCCUCCGUGGUCACCUGUCUGCUCCAAGUGCCCGCUAGAGACCAGGGCCCGUCCCGGGUGUUUGCGGGCAUGGCGGAUGGCCUGCUGGCGGUCUACAGCGUGGCGGGGGACGUGCCCCAGGAGGGGGAGGCCUAUCUGUGCUCACACACCAUCAACAAGACCCAGUUCGGCAUCGGGGACACGGACCCCCGGCAGAGACCCUACCCCAUCAAGUGCAUGGUGCUGGUCAACAGGGGAGCCCAGCUGUGGGUGUCUCACGGCCCUGGCCUUCUGGUCCUGGACUGUGUGAGCCUGCAGGCUGUGCGGCGGCUGGACCCCUACGCCGCCCCCUCGACCGUGGAGGCCCUGGCCUGCGACCUCAGCCUGUGGGGGGGCGAGGAGGCAGUGUGGACGCUGGACCACCUCACCAACACCCUGAAGCUCUACCACGCCGCCAGCUACCAGCUCUGCGCUGCAUACAGCUGCGGCGACUGCAACCCGCUGCGGGACACGUUCCCCGUGCACAGACCCGGCGAGGCCGCCGCCGGGUCGGGGACCCCCUCGGACCCCAGGGCCCCGGACCCCGGCGGCGGGGAGGGGGGCCCGGGAGUGGCGCUCCUGUACAGCGAGGAGGCGGGCACUCAGAUCGUCCCGCUGCGCCCCUCGCUGCCCGACCACUGCUUCCUGUCGCUGACCUCCGACCGGCCGCCGUUGGCGGCGGGGCCGUGCGGCUGGGGGGUACCCGUCGACGACCCGGACCGGUCCCUGAGCUUCGCCUCCUCGGAUAUCGUCCAAACACCAGAACCCACCCAGGUCCCCCCCAGGGACCCCGACACGGACCCCGACACGGACCCCGACACGGACCCCGACACGGACCCCGACACGGACCCCCCCACCGAGGACCCCCCCACCGAGGACCCCCCCAUUGACCCCACCCCAGACCACCUGAGGGCCCUCACCGUGGUGGCGGUCAACGGGACCCUGUGGAUCCCCAGGCGCGGCGGGGACGUGAUGGUUAUUGAAGUGCAGGCCCAGGCGGACCUCCUGCGGGGGCGUGUCAUCGCUGUCCUCUCCCCCCCCGGGGGCUCGACUCUGGGGACGCUGGAGGCGGCGGCGCUGGUGGCCAGGGACACGGUCCUGUGCGGCUACCGGGUUGAGGGCGGUCGGUGGUGCCUGGGUGUCUGGAGGGCCUGGGGCCGCCGGGAGCUGGAGCUCUUCCACCGCUCCUACGAGGACCUGGGCCGCAUGGAGGCCAGUGUGCGGAGGAGGUAGAAGGUGGACGUUGUUGCUGCUGCCGCUGCCUCCGAAGGCACCCCCUCCCCCACCACCCCCACCUCCACCCCCACCACCACCGCCGCAACGGCGGCGGCGGCGGUGGUGGUGGAGGUGGGGGUGGGGGUGGAGGCGGUGCUAUCUACAGCGAAAGGUUCGGGGGCUGCAGAAUCGCCGCUCUGUACGACCUCCACGCGGCCGUGAGGGGAUACCAGCCUCACAGGCCCCUCAGUGUUAAGGGGGCCCCGCUGGGCUGGGGGGGGGGCGAAGGUUGGGGGGGGGGGGGGGGGGUGCAGAGCUCUGACAUCAGAGCAACGUAUGGAGCUCUGCGGAGGGUGAGGCUGACGGGGCUGGGGGAAGGUGGGGGUGGUGGUCGAUGGCUCGUGGAAGGGGUGGAGGGAAGGGGUGGAGGGAUGGGGGGAGGGGACGGGCGGUCAAUAGCACCUGUGUGCCUUCAGAGAUGCACCAGGGGGGCCGACGGACGACGACGCUGUAGGAUCACGGCAACACUUGUCGGACACCCCGCGCCGGAGCAGUGGGGGGGUUGGGGUGGGGGUGGUGGUGGUGGUGGUGGUGGUGGGGGGGGGGAGGGAACAAAGCUGCUCAGUGUGGACCGGAGGAGGCGGCAGGGGAGGGCACCUCUGAGCUUAUAGGAGAAUGUAUGUAUCCAAACAAACCAGCCUCUUUUGGCAGCCGAAACGGGCCGUACGAGAGAGAGAGAGAGAGAGAGAGAGAGAGAGAGAGAGAGAGAGAGAGAGAGAGAGAGAGAGAGAGAGAGAGAGAGAGAGAGAGAGACUCAUUUUUUGCGCUGCCGGUUGAAGGCGAGUUGUGCUCGGUGGCCGGGUGAACUCCCAACAGAGAUGUGCAGUUAUCCAUCUAUUCCUGGGGGCGACCGCCUACAACAGUGGCACCACGGUACCGGAGAUAUUUCGGGUUGUCUAAAUGGGGCGUGCGGUCUCGUGCGCUUCUUCUCCGUGGGCGUUUCAGUGGGGGGGAGGAGGAGGAGGGGGCGUCAUCUGAAAGAGGGAAUUAAUUUAUUUGAAUGUAUUCGAGUGAUGUAUAUUGCAUGUGUAAAUAUGUGUAUAUAAGUUCUGUAAAAUAUGCCAUUCAAUAAAGUUGUCAUCGUAAUGAA